AUGGCAACUCACGGCGAUCCUCGAGUUUUAUACAGCAUCAACAAUAUUCGCGCCUACCACAUUCAAGAUGGAGAAGAAACCGAUCUUACACCAUCAGGGCCGCAGACCCUCUCCUUGUUGAUGGUGCCUACAGUGUCGCCUGAACAGCAACAAGACACUGGAAGCGCGCCAGAGGAAGACUUUUAUCUACAUUUACAUCUUCCUCCUGAACUGGACAUGGCAUUGCCAGCCACGACCCAAAUAUAUCAUCAGCCCCCUAACAGCUAUCUCAUUCCGCGCUGGGAUUUGGGUCCUGAUGCCGGCGCUUUUAUUCGUCUGCAGUUCCCUGGUAUUGGAUCUGGCUCUACAAAGGUCUCUCAGGAAGAUGUGGACACGUUUGAGACUAUCUUAGCACAAUGUACUGCGUUCCUUGAGCGAGCUGCUCCUCCUUCGAGUCAUGCGGCAUACAAUCCUGCUGAUUAUGCACCGGGUGAAGGUUAUAUAUCUUCGCCAAACCAGAAGGAUCCUGACAGCAAAGGAUUCGGUCAGAUUGUUCUAGUAGAUGAGGAAGAUGGGAGUGUUGUCGGUGAACUUUCGGAGGGGUACAAGGUUGUUGAGAAGCCAGAUGUGAAACCGGGUUCGAAGAAUCCCGUCGAGAUCCAACUCCCAGCCCCAGGCGAAGAACAUCAAAUCAGCGUCAGCAACGUCUCCGAAGAAUAUCUCCGCAUGGCCCGUCACCCGGCCUACAAAGACUCCACUAUUGUACAAACCUCAGCACGCGCAUCUCGUCUCAUCGUCACUGGAUCCGCGUUUCUAGCCAACAAACUGACCAGUGGCGCCGACAGCUUUGCGCAGCGGACAAAGCCCAACCCAGAACCCCUCAACUUCUCCCCAGCAACACAAGAACGAAUCCGCAAAGUGCAUAAUCUAUCUCAAUCUGCCGUCGGUCUAUCUGCCCGCACGGUCGGUAGCAUUAGCCGCGUAGCGCAGAACCUUGGGGCAACUCUGGGGCGCCGCAAGGAUACGCCCAAGGGCUCUUCACGUCAAGGAUACGACAGUAACGGCAAUCCCGUCGAAGUCAAGACGGGCGUUCUGAAUAAGUCGCUGAUCGCAUUUACCACAUUGAUGGACGGCAUCGAAGAAGGUGCACGCACAGUGCUGAAUUCAGGCUCUACAGCCGCGACCACCAUGAUACAGCACCGCUAUGGCGCUGAAGCCGGCAGCGUCGCAUCUGAUAUCACGCGCGGAUUCCGGAACGUCGGGUUGGUAUACAUUGAUGCUGCGGGCGUGAGUCGCAGGGCUGUCCUAAAAUCCGUGGCUAGAGGCAUGAUAGUCGGACGCAUGCAUAAUGGUCAACAGGUUGUUGUUGGCAGUGGUGAUGGUGGACAAGUUCCGCUUGAUGGGAAGGCGGAGUACACGUACUAUGGAGGCAGCACCAAUGGCAUUGGUAGCAGCAAUAGCCAGCGCAGCAGUAGUAGAAAUCGUCUUCCGGGUCCUCCUCGGCGACAUGCCCGUACGCCAUCGCCACCACCGGCGUAUGGUGCUGCGGGGACUUAUUCGUUGGAUGGUACUUCUACAUCUGCAUCAGGGAAGCAUUAA